CUUUUUUGCGUGUUUCUCUAAACAUAUGACACACCGGGACUUCUUACAGUCUUUGAAGGCAUAUCUGCACAAAUGAAAAAUUAGGAAGCAUCUGUACACAAAUGUUUUAUGCAACAAGGAGUAGCUUACACUAGCUCGCUGUUCAAGAAAGGGAAGCGGUGCAUCAUCGUGGAAAAGAAACGAAAAUAUAAGCCUCCGACUGCGCAAUGCCAUUCAAGAUAAAAGAAGUAAUGUGUUACUUCCUGCUGCUGCCUGUGGCAAUUAGUAGCACAAAGACAGAAUGCUCUGCAGUGGAUCGAAGGAACUUGGUUUGCUCAUUUCCAUUUAAUGUGAACUCUACACAAAGAGAUUAUGGAGUCUACUUUUAUCCUGACGAUGGCGGUGAAGAGCCACUGCUGGACUGCGCAUGGAUCCAUUCGCAGCUUCACUGUAUCAAACAAAAAGACAUCGAGUACAAACACCCGGUGUCUACACUUGCUGAAAUCACCAUUCCAAGAAGCUUUGCGGACAGAAACGGAAGUUACAGGUGUGUCCCUGAAGGUCAUAGACACCACUCCAUCAAAUCCUGUCGCCUUCCUGAAGAGAAAGAUAAGGAUAUUUCCACUUCUUGUGAUGCCAUGGUAGCAUUGGAUAAACGUCAAGUGAUUAUCAACUGCAAUUUUUCCGUAACUGUUCACAGCUUUAUUGUCAAAACGAACACAACUGUGGUGGGCAGCUUCACAACAUCAGUUUGUCAGAACUCCACGGUUUGCUCUAAAAGCCCUAGUGACAAGGCCUUCACCUUGACACUGGAUCUCACUGGAGACCCAAAUGACGAGUAUUUUUGUCACGCGGACCAGCUUUUACAGCAGGUUGUCGUCAAAGGAUGCACCCCUCCUAGCUACGCACUUUAUAAAAGUUCAUCUGCACCUGCGCUUGCGGCGGUGCUAUCUUCUGUUGAUUUUGUGAUUGUGUUUGCAGUAACUGCUGGUGUAGUGUAGGGAUUAAAUAAGGUGACCAGACGUUUCGGGAGCGAAAGCUGGACACAUGCCGAUGAUGGUGUCGUCACCGUCAAAGAACGCCGAAAAAAGUAGGGGGGGGGCGCUUUGGGGGGCCUUUCCUCUGACUUUGCCGGAUGCGAAUCAGCGUACGGUAUUUAGAUUUUUAAAGAUAACCGGGACAUUUGGGGACUUGCCAGAAAGCCAGAAAGCGGGACAUUGGGCGACCCGCCCGAUGAGCAGGCGGGACACGAGGUCAAAAGCGGGACGUCUGGUCACCUUAGAUUAAAACAAAGGGUUAGCUCUCCCACUGAACAAGAAAGCAAUUAUAUAAAAAUGAAAUCAAAUAUAACAUUAGGAAGGGAGUUUAAACAAAAUGCAUAGUACUAGUAAUGUGUUUUUCUCUUUUCAGAAAAGUAUCAGAAACUAAAAUCCUAAAAUCUGUUCUCUCUCUAUAUAUGUAUAUAAAUUUAAAAGAGAGAGCAGAUGUCGAAAAAUUUCAUGCCACUGCAAUAAAAGUUUGGAGCCUCAAAGACAAUUUACUGUCCAUUUACAUGUUUUUACCACUGCCACACCAAAAAUGUUGAAGUCACAUUCAUAAUGGUGUAUAUUAAACAGUACUUUUUGUCUUUUUCUUAGUUGACAUUUGCGCUCAACAGUCAGGAUCUGAUCGGAGAGUUAAGGGGUAAAAGCUAAAAAAACAAAUUAUCCGCAAGAGAGGGGACAGAAAGCAGGAAGAAAGGGGCGUAAAUCUUUAGGCAGUGAAGAUAUGUAUGUAGCGGUGGUGGUCUCCAUUAUUGUGUACAGCUAAAAGUUUAAGUCUAAAAUAAGAAAUAAGGCGAAAUAAGAACAUUUACACUGCCAACAUACCUUUUGACAAGGAACUAUGCUGUGUCUGCUGUUGUGAUUGUGUGUGUGUGUGUGUG